AUGUCAUUAAAAGAUCCUCGUGAUGGUACUGAAUAUAAUUUAUAUGAACACUUACGACCAGCAAGAAAAGUUUUAGUAAAAGAAAUUCAAAACCAACAUUAUAAUAUAUAUAAUUAUUGGCCAGAAGAAGGAGAAUCUCAAGAAAGUAAUGUUGAAUUAUAUAUCAAUAGUGCAUAUAAAAGUGGUAAUAAUUUUUAUAUUAUUUGGAGUUGUAUCGGUUGGAUUAAAGUUAAAGAUUAUGUUUUAACUAGUAAUAAUUAUAAUGCUAGUUUUGAAGGGAAACCAGAUAUUAAAUUAGUAAUUUUUAAUUAUGAAAAAUUACAAGCGUUAGAAACUUCUGCAAAUAAAGAUUAUGAAAAAGCUUUAGAAUCACUUGGUUCAGUUAAAUCAUUAGAAUAG